AUGAACUUCUCGGCCGGCGAUAAUAUGUUUGGAGGUUGGAGUACACCGGGACAGCUCAUGUCGUUUCUUGUGUAUCGUUGCACCGGCUCCACGAAGGCAGGCGCAUCCAUCAAGCCAUCGAACAGCGAGUUCAACUCGACUGAGGGUCACCUUGCGCCCGACAAGACAUGGGAGCAGAUGCCGCUAUACAGUAGCGCGGCUGAAAUGUUUGGAAACGGGUUCAACCCAGGGAAAAAUCCGAUAUGGUUGCACGGGGAUUUCUACGCAAACAACAAAACGACCGGAGACUUGUGCUGGUUUGAGCUAUACCCCGGAAGCGACACGUAUGCCACUUCACCCGAAGGCGGGCAAGAACGCGUAGCCACGGUUAACGGCGAUGGCGAUUGGUACUUCGCAACCGAGCCCUUCACCGUGCAUCCUGCACGGCCGAACAACCUCACUGUUACAUGGAAGUCCAGUGGGCCUAAGCCGGAUCUCUUCAAGAAUCACACGGAGGCGUACUGGGCGGACUUCUACAGUCAAUUUCCCAGUUUGAAGCAAUCCGCAAGUUCGGGCCCUGGCAAAGAAAGUGGAGCAUACAGCGCAUUCCUUGAGGGACCUGGCUGGAUAGGCUGUUUCGCAGCGGUACUAGCAAUAGCGCUGUGA